GACCUCUCGCAAACCCCAGAUCAUAAUGCCAUUGUUCAAUUCUGUGCUACGCCACCUGCGAUGAGGAAAACCAGGAUCUGCAAGCUCGACUGUCUUCAGGACACGUCGAAUCCCAACACCAUGGCUCAACAUCGCCAUUCGCGCCCGGCAGUGCCGUCCGUCCAUAGCACGGUGGAAUCGCCGGGCUCGGAUGCUGCAUGGAUAGCCACCUCCAUGUAAAUGAGCAGGAAGCCGCUUCUUUUGUCUGAUCAGAUGGAGGCAGCCAAGAUCCUUUGAUGACCUAGUUAGUUCGCCACCAAACCCAACAGCUCUCUCGAAAGCUGCUUGCCUUGUGACAUCCUCACCUCUCCCUAAACUUGCCGCGAAUCGAUUCGGUCCAGCUUCACUCAAGUCUGCGAGUGCCUUUCAUCUGCCAUAGAGCUCGUACCUUUCCACCGACUGGCCACCCUUCUUUGAAUGCGAGAUACGGAUGAUCUGCCACUAAAUACGUUGAUAGCCCCUUUUCGGCGCCACGUUGCAGCUGUGGAAGGAGGCCGUCCUCUGGCAGCUCUGGACACUAUGCUCAACGGAUAGUGUCACACGACGCGCCGUAGACAAAUAACUCCCACUCGGGGAACCCGUCGUUGCUUUGUUUGAGUCUAGGUCAACCGUUUAAACCCCCAGCGCUCCCCUAGCACACCGAAGUGCAAGCCGUCUCCGGAUGCUAGUCCUGUCCACCUUCCAACAUGCCUUCCACACUACGGACCCCAUCCCCUAUCGCUGUCAAACCUGUCAAAUGUGAAGACAAUGCUCCUGACAUCUAUCGACUCGAUCCAGACGGGGAUAUCACCCUAGUUUUAACCAGAUACGUGACGUACGUAGAUGAAGAUGAGGCCAUGCUUGACAUCAAAACGAUAUCCGCAGCCAAAAGGCAAGAGGAUGACCUAGUGGAAGAAGAGGUUGUCUUUCAUGUCUCGUCCCGACACAUGAUUCUGGCGUCGCCUGUGUUUCGAGCAAUGCUCCAGCGAAAAUUCAGCGAAAGUAAUACCUUACAGUUGACCGGCAGCGUGGAGAUACCUCUUCCCGACGACGACCCUGACGCGAUGUUGAUUCUUUUGAAAAUAAUUCAUGGGCAUAUGCAUAAAUACGAUGUCCAUGAGGUUGUGGAGCUGUUUUCCAAUUUUUGGUUUGAUAAUUUGAAGUCCACCAUCCCGGAGAAAUAUACCGAUGACAUACCGGCUUGGAUAUGCAUCUGCUGGGUGUUCGAUAGGCCAAACGAGUUCAGGAAGACGACUCGCUUAGCUCUUCGUGAAGGAAAGCAAGCCGUUCCUUCGGACGAGCUACCGAUUCCACAAUCAGUUGUCGAGGCAAUCAAUAGCAAAAGGCAGGAAGUUCUCCAUAAGCUUGUUACCACUCUCUACGGCCAUAUCGAUGACUACACUGAAAACGAGCAUUGCAGCUUUGAAUGUGACGCGCUCAUGCUUGGCUCGCUCACCAAGCGUUUACGAGCUUUGAAGAUCUUUCCCCAUCGGCCCGACCCGCCAUAUGCUGGCCUAUGUUUCGAAGAAUUUGACUAUCGGUUCCGACGGGGUAUGUAUUUUCCUGGCGCUCAGCGGACAAGCGCAUACUAUUAUGAGCACUCAAAAUGCGCGAUUCGGUCGCUGGAUACGACCCUAUUGAAAUGCGAAGAGAAGCUGUCGGGAUUGGACAUGUCUACUGGGAAAUUCUAUGGACUUAACAUUUUAUUGGGAAUACACGGCAUAUCCCGCAAGGGAUGGAAGCCUGGUCCUAAAUGGCUGGGGAAAUGGAGUACGUUGGUAGUCUUCCUUGAUCCCUUGCCGCCUGAAGUGCGACUUCGACUGCGUUUUCAACGUAUCUUUGGAUCGGGCCUCAAAUGUCCUCCAAUUCAAAAGUGA